AUGGCUGAUCCCGUCUCUAAGAAACGCAAAACCUCCCCCACAAGCACCACAACCCCCGCCGCAAGCAGCAGCAGCAGCAGCAGCAGCAGCGGGCGAACAUACACCCUCUCCAUCGCCGUCCCCAGCACCCUCCUGUCCACCGCCCCCAACCCAGUCCUCAAAACCCACCUCGCCGGCCACCUCGCCCGCAUCAGCGCCCUCCACAACGUCGACGAGAUAGUCCUCUACACCCCCACCCCCACCCCCACCCCCUCCCCCUCCUCCUCCGACACAAAGGAAGACGACCAACUCCCCCACAUCCUCACCUACCUCGCAACACCCCCCUACCUGCGAAAACACCUCUUCCCGAAACACCGCCACCUCCGCCACGUCGGCCUCCUCCCGCCCCUCGACCUCCCCACGCACCCGCGCCCCGGCGCACCCGCCCCCUUCCGCCGCGCCGUCGCGCUCGAAGCGCGCCCUGGCGGGAAAGUGGCCUUCGACGCCGGCCUGGAGCAGCCCGUCGUCAUCGCGAGUGAGGUGGAGGUGGGCACGACGGCGCUCCUGCGCAUGGGCGGCGGCGGCGGCGCAGUGGAGGCCCCGCCGCGCCGCGGGCGCGGCACGUAUGUUGGGUACGAGGUGCGCGGCGCGGAGGGGCUGGCGGCGGUGUUUACGGAGUGCGGGUGGGAGGGCGGGUAUGAUCUUACUGUUGGGGUGGCGUGUGGUGGUGGUGGGGUGCCGCUGGAUGAGGCCGUGCGGGAUGGGGGGGCGGUGCCGGCGUUCCGGCAUUUGCUUGUUGCGGUGGGGGAUUUGGAGGGUGCGGCGAGGGGCGAUGCGGGGUUGGUGGGCGUGGGGGUGGGGGGCGCGAGGGAGCUGUUUGAUCUGUGGGUGGACCCGCUGCCGGGGUGUGGGAGUGCGGGUGUGAGGGUUGAGGAGGCGCUGUUUGCGGCGUUGGUGGGGCUGAGGAGGGUGGUGGUGGAGAAGGGGGUGAGGUAG